UAAUAAACUCAAAACGAAAAAAAUAUUUCUGUUAUAAUAUUUCUGAAAUACGUACUUUUCUCGAAAUGUUUUCCUUCUCUGUACACGUAGUUAAUGGAUUGUAAAAUGUUUAUUACCAAUUUUGUUGGCGCUUAAAAUUGUAAUUAACCAUUUCAAUGCUAUAAAGUGGAAUUCACUCGUUUAAGGUUAACUUAUUUCAGACGUUAUACUUAAAAUUGCUUAAAACUGUGCUUACAUUGACAACAAGUUUGACAACAUAUCUUUUGAAAUAGGUUUCACGACAGUGAAAACGCAAACGGUUACAAAUGCGGAUGUAAGUGUACAGAGAAAAAUUCACAUUACACUAUUAUCGUGCCGAGUGCAAGGCGGAAUAAAUUACAAUAACUUAUGAAAAAAUAGCGUACAUAAUCAAACAAUAGAAUAUCGCCAUGGGACAAACGUCACGAGGAAUGUAUGUAAAUUCAAAACACUGUGAUUACUUUUACGAGCAUUAAGAAAUGCUAUUAACAAACCAAAGCUAAUCAUUGAUAACAUGGACAUUGAAGAGAGUAGACGUUUGUAUAGAAAAUAAAUAUCGGUGAAAAUGUUUCCAAGAAUAGUACACUUUAUAGCAGUUUUAAUGUUAAUAAAACUAGUUACAAAUGUAGGUGAGAAAGCAUUUAAAGCGUGCAAAGAUUACGGACAGACGAUGCUGGAGUGUCACAACGUGUUAUUCCCAACUUCUAGGGUCAGAGUACCAAUAGAUUUACUUUUAUAUCCACAUAUGGUACUGAUAGGCUUUGCAAAAAGCGAAGAAGAAAAACCAACUUGGAAAUGUGGUGGAAGCUUAAUAAGUGAAGACUGGGUACUAACAGCAGCUCACUGUAUCGAAGACCCAAUUUAUGGGACUCCAAGUGUGUUAAGAAUUGGUACAGCAACGUUUGAAUUUGACGAAGUAGACGAGUUAGCACAGGAGAGAAGAAUAGCAGAAAUUAUUCCACAUCCAAAAUAUAAGCCACCGUCGAAGUAUCAUGACAUUGCAUUGAUGAGAAGUAAACCGGCUUUCAUACUUAAUCGUGACAUAAGGAUUGCUUGCUUACAUUUAGUUGAUCAUAUUCCAACUUCGAAUCUAACAGCUAUUGGAUUCGGAACCACUGUAUCAGGUGUAGCGACUGGCAGUCAGACCCUGAUGAAAGUUGACGUUGACAUAAUUAACAAUACAGUAUGUAACAAAUCCAUGAGAUAUUUAAUUAGAAGAAAGAUAUUAGCUCGAGGUAUAACUGAAGAACAACUAUGUGCCGGUGACUAUGAGAAUGGAGGAAGAGACACAUGUCAGGGUGAUUCUGGUGGUCCUUUGCAGAUUAUGAUUGAUAGAGUUGAUUGCAUUAAAACUUUUCCAUUACAUACUUUGGUGGGAGUUACGUCUUUUGGCAGAGACUGUGGGAGAAGAAUGGCACCAGGCGUAUAUACUAGAGUUUCCAGAUAUAUAGAUUGGAUUGAAAGUAUAGUGUGGCCAACAUAAAAUGCUACUACUUCAACAACAAUUGUUUUCAAGUAAAAUAGAUUAAACAAUUUUGAAAGUUGUCAUAUAGG